GGUUAGUAUGGGCUCACAAACUCUUAUGUUUCUUUUCUUUUCUUUCUUCCCUUUCCAAUUAUUAAUAUCUAUUGUUUCUUACCAAACUAACCACAUAAAUAUUUAUAUAUUACCGUUAUAAAAUUAAAAUAAAAUUAUGUGUAUAUGUCCCUCUCUAUAUAUACACACUGAAACAUAUGUUCCCAAUUCAAACAUUGUUUUGUCUCAAACAAAUUUCUCUGCACACACUCAACAACAUAUCCCAAAACAAAACCAAAAGCCAAAAGAAAAAAGAAAUCAGCCAUGGAAGAAGAUAAACAAGAAGCUUCAAUGCCACUAGUUCCCAUAGACAGCUUCUCUUAUAGUUGGUUAGUUAACUUUCCUUCUUUAGAAGCUUCCAGUGAUGAUCAUCAUCAAACCUACGAAGAUUCAUCUUCUUCUUCUUCCUUCAUUGAGAUGGAUCCAAGAUUGCCUCCUUCUAGAAGAUUCUUCAUCAAAACAUCCCAUGAAACUAGCUUCAAGUUCGAUAACUUCGUUUCUUUCUCCGACGAAGAUCACUCUUUAGUUCACGCCGACGAGCUCUUCCGUGAUGGCUACGUCAUGCCAUACCGAUUAAAAGCCACGUCAGCGGCUACCGAGGAAGAAUCUGAGCCGUUGGACACAACAACAACGACGGGUAAGAUUGAUGGAGUUAAGAGCAAGUCUUCUCCUACUUCUUCAAGAAAGCUAAGGAGAGUGUCCAAAUGGGUUUUGUUGAAGUAUCUUGAUUUCUUGACGCCAUUGUGUAAGAGAUUAAGGAGAUGUAGAUCCGCUGGACCAACGAGAAGUAUCGGUAUGGAUUCGAGGAUCCGUGUAACGACGUCGUGUAGGAGCAGAGUUUAUUCUGAUGAAAUGACUUCGUCGCCAAGAAUAAGUGUUGCUGAUGAUUAUUAUUGGAGAAGAUCUUGUGACUCCGAGAGCUCUAUUUACGAAGCCGUUCUUCAUUGCAAGCAAUCAUUCGAGAAAUGAGAACAAAAUCCAUGGAAGAGGAGCAGUUAGAGAAGUAGAGAUGGAGAAUAUUUAAGCUUGAGAGAAUAAGCAAAUUGCAUUAACACGUUACACAUGGAGUGGGAGAGAGAGAGAGAGCAACUUGUGAUGUGUCUUUUUGUUGAUUCUCUCUCUUGAAUUAAAGAGAUUGAUGUGAAUGAUCCAUGUGAAUGUGUCAUCUGAUGUGGAUCAAGAAUGUUUUUGUUUUUUUACAUGAGUGGGCACAUUUAUAGAAAUAUAUAUGGGGCUGCAAGCAGAAUCAAGAAAAUAUUUUCAGAUUUUCUUGGCUAUUUUUUCUCCAUAUAUAUUCGGAUCAUGUAAGUUAAAUAGUUUCUUUUUAUAUAUGGGGUAAAAACUAUAAGUGCCUACCCAUGUUUACUUUUAAAUA